AACAAGCCACCGAAUACAACUACAAAAGCGUUCUCUGAUAAAAGACUCCGAUUUUUGUCUGAACAGCUGCCAAAACACAGGCCGAGCUGCUCAACCCGUCUGACCAUAUUUACCGGCUAGUAGGAAGGAAGCGGGUUCUAAAGUGCUGCUGAGGAAACAUCCUAGAUGUUAUUUGUAAGAAAAUAGCACACUAGUGCGGCAAUUAGAUUAAAACAUAUCAAACUGAUCAAUGUAGUGAAGUAAUACUGAAACAGCUUUCAUGUGCUUCAUUGGCAUGACAAAUAAUUGCCCUAUUUGUAUUGACAAAGCAAGGGUAGUGGAAAGUCUCCCUCUCUGUAUGCGUGUAUCUGUGUGUGCGCGCGCGCAGAGAACAGAAGGAUAUGGAACAUCCAAUAGGGACCAAUAAAAUAUUCUAAACUACUUUUCCAUUUUGCACUCCCAGUCCUAAUAAAUGAGGAGACGUUGUUUUUUUAAAAGUAAAAAUAAUCACAUAAAAUAAACAUUCUUGACAUAAACUAGAAAUUGUGACUAUAAAAGUGCAAUCCCGCCUAAAUUAAUUAGUUAAACAGAGCUAUAUUUUUCAGCACGCCUCACCGCUAGAUGGCGCACAAAACACACUAAAAAUGCACUAUCCAGUUUCAACGCCACACAUUCUGCAUGAAUGACGAUUGCACACUGUCGUCUUUAGCUGAUAUCGGAGGCUUUAUGUGUUUCCUGUAUCUGUUACAAGGCAAAAUCAAGACGGAUGCGUUUGAGGAAUACAUGCAGAAUACAUGCGUAAUGAGUCCUGGACAUCGAGAUGACCAGUGUAUAGUGAGGUCGGUAUAUAUAGGCGGGUUUGUGUACAUGUACACUGGGUACGAGGAGAUACCAUGCUUCAGUCCAAAUAACAGGACGGAGACUUCAGUGUGUCGGAUGUUUCAGACAGGAGAAGACAGGCUGUCAUGUUGAAGAUAUGCUGAUGCACUCAUUUGCCUGUGCAAAUGCUUUAAGGCUGUUUUGGGUGUAACAUUUGAAACAGAAGUGAAGUGAGACUGCGCAAUAAGAAGUAGAAAGAGACACAUUUCCCAUGGUUUGUGGCUGAUCUUGCGUCUGCAGGAAUGGUGAUCCGUGGCCUGUGGGUUUGUAAAAUCCGUCUGGUGAAGCACUUUGGGCUGACCCCGGUCCUGUGCCUCCUGGUGUUUUCCUGCCUUUUUGCAGGCCUCUUCAUCGACUACAUUGAAUCAUGGGUUACUUCUCUAAGAAUGAAUGGAGUCGGAGGUACCCACGGCGGGAUUCUUCCUCAGAGCGUGCCCCCUACGCGUCCAGAGGAAUACCUCCUUAUGCCAAGCCCGCUUGUCUGCCAGCGUGCAAAGCCCUACCUUAUCACCUUGGUGACCUCGGCUCCUGCUAACACUAAAGCUCGUCAGGCAAUCCGUGACACUUGGGGUGGUGAAGUGCAUGUGCGAGGUUAUCGGGUCAUGACUUUGUUCAUGUUGGGGCAGGCAUCAGAUCCUGUUUUGACCAAACAACUGGCAGAUGAGGCACGGGAACACGCAGACCUGGUGCAGGGUCGCUUUCUGGACUCCUACGCUAACCUGACCUUAAAGACUUUGUCCAUGUUAGCUUGGGCCCGGCGCUUUUGCCCUGAAGCUCGCUUCCUAGCCAAGGUGGAUGACGAUGUGAUGUUCAACCCUAGUGCACUGCUACAGUACAUCAACCUUAACUGGGGGGCAGAAGAGCGGGAGCUUGAUGAACUCUACUUUGGUCGGGUUCACUUGAGGGUGGAACCGGACCAUAAUCCAACCAGCAAGCACUAUUUUUCUAAAGAUGCUUUCGCAGGUACGGUCUUCCCAGAUUACUGCAGCGGCACAGCGUAUGUGCUUUCCCGUCCCGCUGUGCUAAAGCUCUCUCUGGCAGCAGCUGCUGCCCCGUUGCCCAAGCCCUUGCCUCCUGAAGAUGUGUUUGUAGGUUUGUGUGCCCACACAGCUGGCAUCACUCCCACCCAUUCCCCACUUUUCUCCGGAGGACCACCCGUGCCGUAUUCACGCUGCUGCUACCAGGCCAUGGUGUCUGUCCAUCAUACUCAGCAUGAGGAAAUGCUCCAGUACUGGGCAGACAUGCAUUCCAAACCUCCCUGCUCCUGGGUGGGCGUCCGGACAUCACUUGGCGUUUGUAAAUUGAGAGCACUUCUAGGAGACUUGUGGCCUGGAUUGUAAACAUGGAGGGUCAAGAAGGUUAUGCAGUAUUUCAUAGACACACACUUGUAGAGAAAAAUGGAACUACAUGCCAAGCUACCGUGUAUAGAUGUCACAUACUUGAAUGUCAGUGUUAUUUAUUACACUCCCUCUCCAAGCACUUGGUGGUCACCCUCAUAAACGCCAUACACUGUUUGUGCUUCACUACACCACAGUCUGAAUUUAUAGCUGGAUAUUUUUCAUGACUCAUGUUUUACAUCUAGGUUGUUGCAACCACAUUUUCUGAAUACAAACUGAAGUGAGCUUGCUGAGCAUGACCACUGUUUUUCUCCUUUCAUAUUUAUGAAUUUUGAUGAUAAAAAACACAACAUUAACGAAUGUGUUUGAGUUUAUCGUUUUCCAGGAAGAAAGAUGUGGAAAAUGGGAAUGUUGAAUUUGUAUGACCUUGCUCUCGAAACCUGGUCUUCCACAGGUGUACAUGGCCUUAUGCAACAGAAUACUGAAAGAUGAGAAGGAUUUUGACGAGGCUGUGAAUAUACUUUUGCAGAGUUCAAUUAAUGUUAUUUAUUUAACUGAAUGCCGUGCGUAUUUACGUCAUUUUGUUAUUACACAGGCUGAUGCACAUGGUCAAAUGUGUCCUAUCAUGGCUGGUGGAUCGAUGCUAAUCCAUAAGGCUGGGAAGCAAAGCAGAGUGAGGGUUAUUGUAGUUUUACCCACUAUUUAUACUCUUUAGGGGUUACAGCAACUGCCGAAUCUGAGGUCAGGAUAUAUAGCUAUCGUCAAAGACAUUUAAUCUGUUUAGUCACUCAGCUAAUGCUGAUGUCUGCUGGACAAGAAAGCGCAUACACCAGUUACAUAAUUUACAUGAAGAGGAGGAAUUUGAAAUUAUGCAAAAUCAACUUGGACUACAAAAUUCUUAAUAUGUGAAUAGCUAUGCAAGUUCAAUUAGUAGGGACUUAGUGGAAAGUGUAAAUAAUAAUGAAUAAAAACAUCGAUUCAGGCAACAUUUUAAUAACAAGAAUAGGAAAGAGGAAGAACUUUUAUUCAAUUCAAUUCAACACAUUAAUGCAAAUUGUUCAUGGAUGGAUCCUGAGUUUGGAUUACUGUUACUGUGUGGAGAAGUUCUUCCUGUGUCUGUGUGGGUUCUCUCUGGGUUCUCUGGUUUCCUUUCACUGUCCCAAUGUGUAUUGGCUACUCUCAAUUACCCCUAAGUACAGGUGUGUGUAUGUAUGAUGUCCUGCGAUGGACCGGUGUCUCUUUCAGUGCCUCCAGAAUCCACAGUGACCCUGUUGAAUGAAUGAAAAUCAUUGCUAAUAAUCCACAGGAAGUGGGCACAGUGGUUAGCAUGUUUGCCUCACUGCGCUAGGGUUAGGGGUUUGAUUCCUGCCUCCACCCUGUGUGCAUGGAGUUUGCAUGUUUUCCCUGUGAUUUAGGAUUUUCCUAUGGAUUCUCUGGUUUCCUCCCCUAGUCCAAAUACAUGUAUGGUAGGCUGAUUGGCAUGUCUAAAUUGAAAGUGUGAGCAAUUGUGCCCUGGGAUAUACUCCAUGAUCCUUGUGACCGUGUACAGAAGAUGGAUGGAUGGAGAAGAAGAUAGCAUUGCAUAUUUGACAGUUUAGUACAGUGGUUUAAUAUAACAACACAGCUAUGAAUUCUGGGAUUGCAAGGCCGUACAAGGCUUGUUUCCAAAUGUGUAAUCAUUACAUUCAACAUGGAGCUGUACUUCCAAGGUCACUGUUUGUAGUCUGAGCACAACAUCAUGGUAGAGAUUAAUAGAAUUGAAUCCAAACUGCAGGGGGCAUCACAUCAGACAUGUUAUUGAGAUACUCACCUUUUAUAUUUAUUAUUAUUAUUAUUUAUAUUAUUUUCAGAUCAACUACUGAAAGCCAUAAGGAUGUGAACAGAAUCUGCAUAACAAAAAAUGUGUGGCUUAACAUUUUGUGGCUUAACUAUUUAUUUAAAGGUAAAAUUUUACCUUUACAUUCAUAUUCAUAUCUUCAUCCAUCUAAUACGUCUUUCUUUUUCAUCACCAUGUACACUAUAUUGCCAAAAGUUUUGGGACAUCUGCCUUUACAUGCACCUGAAUGUAAUAUAGAGUUGGCCUGUCCUUCUUCUGGGAAGGCUUUGCACAAGUUUUAAGAGUGUGUUUAUGGCCAUUUCUCUAGAAGCACAUUUGUGAGGUCAGGCACUGAUGCUGGACAAGAAGGUCUGGCUUGCAGUCUCCAUCCCAAUUCAUCCCAAAGGUUGAGGUCAGGACUCCAAACUCGCUCACCCAUGUUUUUAUGGACCUUGCUUUGUGCACUGGUGUGCAGUCAUGUUGGAACAGGAAGGGGUCAUCCCCAAACUGUCCCCACAAAGUUGGGAGCAUGAAAUUGUCCAAAAUGUUUUGGUGUGCUGAAGCAUUAAGAAUUCCUACCACUGGAACUAAGGGGCUAAGAGCAACACCUGACUUCAAUGAUUCAGAGGGGUGUCCCAAAACUUUUGGCAAUAUAGUGUAGCUGAACACAUGGCAUCCAACAUGCUCCAAGCAUAUAAAUCUGGAUGUGCAAAAUGUAUCUGGUAAUCUUAUGACAUGCCAAUUUAAACGGUGUAGUGUGUUAAAAUGUCCUCUUGGUUAGUACUGCUUGCUUUGUUUUAUCUAAAGACCUUCUGUGACUUUGUGUUAUCAGUUCAAUACGUGACAUACGUGUAACAGAUUUCAAAAUAAAACACUAUUACAGUC